UUGGUUGGCGGCUGCCGCGGCGUUUCACUUCUAAACCUUGAGGUUUGUUGUAUUAUCUUUCUAUUAGCCGUUGUUUGAUUGAUUUUACGUUACAAUAAGUUCAUUGUAAAAUAAUUGUAUUUGACUGUGAGAGUGUGCGGCAGUUGUCGAUACUUUUAUGAAAUUAUGUGAGUUCUAGAAUUAUAUAUUUAAAGUUCUAAUAGAUUCAUUAACAAUGACGGCUAGUUCAGAUACAAUUGCUGUACCAACUACAAAAGUAAUUCAAGUAACUAAUAUUGCUCCUCAAGCAACUAAAGAUCAAAUGCAAACACUGUUUGGAUCAAUAGGUAAGAUUGAAGAUAUUCGGUUGUAUCCUCAGAUUCGAGAUGUGUCAGUUCCAGUACAGUCUCGUAUUUGUUAUGUAAAAUAUUUUGAUUCUCUCUGUGUUGCUGUGGCACAACAUUUAACUAAUACAGUUUUUAUUGAUCGUGCUCUGAUUGUUACACCUUAUCAGUCUUCUGUUGGCGAGAUACCUGAUGAGUACAGAGCAUUAGAUAUAGCUAACCAAGCAAAUGUUGUACCUGGCUUGUAUCCAUCAGAUCCUAAGCUUCCACCACAUGUUGUUAACCAGAUAGAAGGCAUUCCUCCAAAUCAAGUUAUAGUUACUCAUGAUCCUGUGUUGGCAUCGAAUGGUUUGCCACCAUAUCCCCCUCUGCCUAUUACAUAUGAUGCUAGACGUAUUGAAGAAAUAAGAAGAACUUUGGUAGCCAUUAAUGUUGAUGAAAAUGUAACUGAUGAUGAAUUAAUAAAUUUUUUUCAAAAAUCAGCAGGUGAUGUUAAGUAUGUAAGAUGGUGCAGUAGAGAAAAUGAUAUUACUCGUUAUGCUCUUAUAGAAUUUUCUGAACAAGCUAGUAUAAUUGCUGGGUUAAAACUAAAUGGAAUGACUAUUGGUUCUCGGCCUGUUCAAGUUACACAUGCUACUCAAGCAAUUGCUAAACCUAUGGCUAAGAGUAAUGAAGCUGCUCAAAGAGAAAUAGAAGAAGCCAUGACAAGAGUGAAAGAAGCUCAAAGUCUAAUAUCUGCAGCUAUUGAUCCAGUAAUUGGUAUUUUAUCUAAAGAUAAGAAACAUAGUCAUUCUCAUAGGCGAUCUCGAUCUAGGUCUCAUGGUAGAAGCCGUCGAAGAUCAUCAUCUAGAUCACGUAGAGGGCAUUCUAGAUCAAGAAGGAGACGAUCAAGAUCACGUUCAAGACGCCGUUCUAGAUCAAGAAAAAGGUAUAGAAGUAGAGAUAGAAGUAGGGAAAGGCCAUCUAGAGAAAGGAAAAGAUCAAGAUCAAGAAAAAAAUCUAGAUCUAGAGAUAGAAAACGAAAGUCUUCUAGAGAUAAACGCAGAUCAAGGUCUAAAUCCAGACGUCGAUCACGAUCAAGAAGUCGUAGGAAAGAUAAAAAGUAUUCUUCAAAAAGAAAAGAAGAAAAAUCAGAAAAACGUAAAGAGAAAGAUAAGAAAAAAGAUAAUACUCCUACUAUUAUAUCUGAGAUAGAAAAAAGAGAUAAAUCUAAAACUCCUGAAAAAGAAAAAUCAAGGUCUGCUACUCCUCCAAAAAGCAGUUCUCGUAGUCCCCAUUCAUCUAGUAAAUCGCCUAGACGUAGUAGUUCUUCUGGUAGAGGAAAAACUGCUGAACCUACUAAGAGUCGUUCUUCAAGUCAUAUUAGGCAUACUCUUUCUCCUAAAAGGUCUAGAACAAGAACACCUCCUCGUAAACGUGUUAGUAGAUCACCUCGUAGAAGCCGUUCACCUAAAAAACGCAGUAGAAAGUCUAGUUCAUCACAAAGGAGAACUAGAAAACGAAGUAGAAGCCACAAAUCUCGUUCUCCAGACAAGAGACGUAAACAUACUCGUUCACCUAAAAGGCGAUCACAAUCUUCUAGAUCACCUCCCCCAAGAAGGGUUAUUAGAACACCUCCAUCUAGAAGUCCACAAUCCCCUGUAAGAUCUUUGUCUAGAUCUCCAGUUAGAACCAAAAGGAGUACUUCAGUUGAUAGAAAAAGAAGUUUAUCUGUUGAUAGAAGUAGGAGAAGCAUGUCUAUAGAUCGUAAAUCUCGAUCUGAUAGUAAAAGCAGGAGUGGCUCCCCAAUAUCUACCAGAAGUAGAUCUCCUGGUUGGAGAAAAAGUGAAUCUAGAUCUCCUGCUAAACGAAGAAGUACUUCUUACACUCCAUAAAUAACUUUUUUAUUACUGCAGCAUGUAAUUACAAUUUAAUUUAGUAAUGAAGCUUAAUGUAUUAACUGAAAUUAUUUAUGUUAACUGUAGCUGAAAUUAAAAAUAAUUUGUUUUUUAUUGUAUUGCUUACUCUAAAAUUGUAUGUUGAUAUUCUGAAAAAUAUACUUAAAAAUUUUUAA